GUGUUGUUGUUGCACAUGGGAGAGGAGGACGCCUUCAACAUGCUCCAGUUCCUCAUGUAUCAUAUGGGGCUUCGCAAUCAGUACAGACCUGACAUGAUUAUACUACAGAUUCAGAUGUACCAGCUGUCCCGUCUCCUCCAUGACUACCACAGAGACCUGUACGUCCAUCUGGAACAGCAUGAGAUAGGACCGUCUCUCUACGCUGCUCCCUGGUUCCUCACGGCCUUCGCCUCGCACUUCCCUCUGGGCUUCGUUGCCAGGGUGUUUGACAUGUUGUUUCUCCAGGGUUCGGAGGUGAUCUUCAAGGUGUCGCUAAGUCUUCUGGGUAGUCACAAGCCCUUGAUCCUACAGCACGACAGUCUGGAGUCUAUAGUGGACUUCAUCAAGACUACAUUACCUAACCUGGGACUAGUCCAGAUGGAGAAGACCAUCAACCAGGUGUGUGAGAUGGACCUGUCCAAUCAGCUGCAGGCGUACGAGGUGGAGUACCACGUCUUACAGGACGAGCUGUGUGACACGCCCGCUCACCUCAGCCAAUCGCAGCGCACCGCCCAGCUGGAACGCACCAAUCAGAGCCUCCGACAGCAAAACCUCGACCUGCUGGAGGAACUACAGGCUCGUGUGUGUCGUCUGGAAGGCCAGGUGGAGGGGCUGGCCCAAUCAGAGGCUCUGCUGAGAGAACAGGUGUUCGACCUGGAGGAGGAGAGGAACGGACUGCGGAACGCCGUCACACACCUGCACACACUCCUCACCGCGCUGGGAAUACACACACACACAACGCACGGGGACUUCAACCUGGACCCUCACACACACUCCGCUGCCGACACAGAUGGCCCGAGAGAUGGCCCGAGAGAUGGCCAGAGAGAUGGACAGGGUGUGGACGUCCCCACCAGAGAGGGGCCCAGACUGGG